AUGAAAACCAAAUCCUCGACCAAGCGUAAAUUCCCAGAAAUGGAAGCCACCAAGCAAAAAACCCCCAAAAUGGAGGUCGAAUUCCUAAAAAAUCUGCCAUCGGAGAUCGUAAUCGAAAUAUUAUCAAGGCUUCCGAUUCCAACAAUCAAAAUCUGCAAACGCGUUCGCAAGUCAUGGCGAGAUCUGAUCCAGACUCGCGAGUUCGUCGAUUCGCAUCUCUCCAAAUCGGUCCCGGGUCUGGUUGUCAGUGAAGACCGCGACAGGUUCGAAGUUUUCGAAUUCGAAGACGAACUCCUCGAUCUCGAAGAUUCCGAUCUUCGCUACAAACCGGUAGCACGAUUCGAUUGCAGUACACUGGCAAUUAGCAUCUUGGAUAUAAAAGGCUCUGUUAAUGGCUUGCUCUUUUUGAGCCCGGUAUCCUCCUAUCCCUCUGAUUAUUACAUAUGCAAUCCAAUCACUCGUGAGUUUAUCGAGUUUCCGUAUGACGAGCGCUUUCUCGGAUAUCCGUUGGAUUGUCCGGCCAAUUACGGAUUUGGGGUGAGCAAAGUUACCGGCCAGUAUAAGGUUGUUAGGAUUGUUCGGAGGCUUAAGUCUAUAUGUCACGUUUACACACUUGGAACGGGGAAAUGGAGAAGAAUCACGCCACCUGGCGUACCGUUGAGAAACGACCGUAAUUCGAACGGGGCGUUUCUUAACGGAUGUCUUCAUUGGGUUGUAGAAGAUUUCACGGCCCCACUUUCGAUUUGUUGCUUUGAUCUCGAGACAGAGACUUUUAGCACGUUCGAUCCCCCGCCUCUUUCGAGGAGGAGAAACGGACAUCUGCAUAUCGUAGUAGCUUCGGGGGAUUACUUAUGUGUGUGCGACAAUACAUUUGAAGAUGACGUUGCUUUUUGGGUUAUGAAGGACUACGGAGACGCAAAAUCUUGGACGAAGCAAUUUGUUAUCGGAAAAAGUGAUCGGUUUGUUUGUCCGUAUGGUGUAUCAUCUGGGGAAAUUCUUUAUCCUAUCAAAGUUUUCAAAGAUGGUCACGCGUUGAUGUUGUUUGGCAACGCAUACAUGUGCUACUACUCGGGCAAGACUAAAACUAGUAAACGAAUGGCUGUGUUUGGAAUGGAUACUCAUAUGGAGGCAAUGGUUCAUACGCCGAGCUUUCUCUCACUAAAAAGUUUCCCGAAAGAGUAUGUAACCUCGUUCCGUCGUUUUCAUUAA